AUGGAGAGGGAGGCGUCCCCUGCUGCUGACGGCCGGCCGGUGGAGCUGCCUGUUGGCCCCUUUGAUGACACUCAAACAAACGAAUACAAAGAGAGAGGCGACUACGAGGGUUUCCACUACGGCCUCUCUUCGUACAAAACAAAAGUGGUUAAGAGGCUUCCUCAUCCUCGGGAGUCCAACUGGACCUGCUUGAGCUGGAACCCUUACCGCGGCGGCCAAAUUGUCUCUUGUGGCUCUGACGGGACUUGGGCCGUCCACGACGCCUUUGCUGCCUUGCAGUUAAAACCAACAGAAGGCGCCAAAAGUGUUUUAGCUUGCGAAAUGCCAACGAGGCUAAACUCUUGCUGCUGGGCAGCAGCAGACAUUCUUAUUGCUGCAGCAGAAGACAGUGUGGCUUCUCUUUGGGAUAUCCGCCAAGCCCCGAAAGAGCCGAUUGGCAAGGUGACUUGCAAAGGCAGUCCCAUCAACUGCCUCGCCACGACUCCGUUGAAGCCCGAGCUGUUCGUUUGCGGCGGCGACGACGGGCUGCUGCAACUGUACGACCGUCGGCGGCUGUGCGGCGCUGUCCAUACACUCGAAGGGCCCAGCGCAGCUGUCCAUACACUCGAAGGGCCAAGUGCAUGCAAAGUUUCUGCAGUUUCUUUUUCUCUUCAAAAACCCUCAUUUCUUUUAAGUGGAGAUUCCAACAAAUACACUUUUUUGUGGGAUUUGGAAAAAGCGGGAGAGGAACAAGACCCCGAAGACGCGGAAGACGGGCCCCCCGAGCUGCUUUUGGUGGCGUCUGUGGCAAACGAUAAUCAGCUGCACAUUUGGCAGCCGAAAGGUUCUGUCUUUUUUGAAGAAGAAAGCGAAAGAGAGGAGGACGCGGACGAGUUAGAAUGA